AUGUCUUGUACUUGCAUCGCUAGCAUGUUGCCUGAUAUACAAUUCUAUGACAAGGUACUUUCCUUGCAUGAAGAUCCAGCAACCCCUGUGGCUAACCCUCUGCUUGCCUUUACUCUCAUCAAACGCUUGCAGUCUGACUGGAGGAAUGUGGUACAUAGUCUGGAAGCCAGUGAGAACAUCCGAGCUCUGAAGGACGGUUAUGAGAAGGUGGAGCAAGAACUUCCUGCCUUUGAGGACCUGGAGGGCGCAGCACGGGCCCUGAUGAGGCUGCAGGAUGUAUACAUGCUCAAUGUAAAGGGUCUUGCCCGGGGUGUCUUUCAGAGAGUCACUGGCUCUGCUGUCACUGACCUAUACAGUCCUAGGCGGCUCUUCUCACUCACAGCAGAUGACUGCUUCCAAGUAGGCAAGGUGGCCUAUGACAUGGGAGAUUACUACCAUGCCAUUCCAUGGCUGGAGGAGGCUGUCAGUCUCUUCAGAGUAUCUUAUGGAGAGUGGAAGACAGAGGAUGAGGCAAGUCUAGAAGACGCCUUGGAUCAUUUGGCCUUUGCCUGUUUCCAGGCAGGAAAUGUUUCAUGUGCUCUCAGCCUCUCCCGAGAGUUUCUUCUCUACAGCCCAGAAAAUAAGAGGAUGGUCAGGAAUGUGUUGAAGUAUGAAAGGCUCUUGGCAGAGAGCCCUCACCAAGCAGUAGCUGAGACUGUCAUCCAGAGGCCCAACGUGCCCCACCUGCAAACCAGAGACAUGUAUGAGGGCUUAUGUCAGACCCUGGGUUCUCAGCCCAUUCACUACCAGAUCCCAAGCCUCUAUUGCUCCUAUGAGACCAAUUCUAGCCCCUAUCUGCUGCUUCAGCCGGUCCGGAAGGAGGUCAUCCACCUGGAGCCCUAUGUUGCUCUCUACCAUGACUUUGUCAGUGACUCAGAAGCUCAGAAAAUUCGAGAGCUCGCAGAACCAUGGCUCCAGAGAUCAGUGGUGGCGUCAGGGGAAAAGCAAUUACAAGUGGAUUACCGCAUCAGCAAAAGUGCCUGGCUGAAGGACACCAUUGAUCCAGUGCUGGUGACCCUUGACCACCGCAUCGCUGCCCUCACAGGCCUUGAUGUCCAGCCUCCUCAUGCAGAGUAUCUCCAGGUGGUGAACUAUGGAAUUGGAGGGCACUAUGAACCUCACUUCGAUCAUGCCACGUCGCCAAGCAGCCCCUUGUACAGAAUGAAGUCUGGGAACCGAGUUGCAACGUUUAUGAUCUAUCUGAGCUCAGUGGAAGCCGGAGGAGCCACAGCCUUCAUCUAUGCCAACUUCAGUGUGCCUGUGGUUAAGAAUGCAGCACUGUUUUGGUGGAACCUGCACAGGAGUGGUGAGGGAGAUGGCGACACACUUCACGCUGGCUGUCCUGUCCUGGUGGGAGAUAAGUGGGUGGCCAAUAAGUGGAUACACGAGUACGGACAGGAAUUCCGCAGACCCUGCAGCUCCAACCCUAAAGACUGAAAUGUUGGCAGAGAGCAGCUGUGCAAUCCUGUGGCUUUCUGGAGAAGCUGGAAGCCAAAAGCCAGCAUAGGAGAGGAGAAAGGAGAGCAGCUUCCAGGAAGAAGGUCUGG